AUGUUAGUGAUGCAACCAAGUGACUAUCUAUUUAAACCCUUCCCAUGCACAUCAUUCCAUAUCAUCAUAAAUUCACAACACUUUUCUUUGCUCUCUCUCUCUCUCUCUCUCUCUUACAUACACACACACACACACAGUCUCUCCUUCCAACCUGAGAUGUCUCCCGAGGCUUACGUUCUGUUCUUUAACUCGUACAACCUGAUCAGUUUCGAAAGCUUCGCUUGGAUUUCUGUUUUCAUAGCCACAGUUGCCUUCUUUUUGUCACCAGGUGGGCUCGCAUGGGCCUGGACCAGGUCAUCCAAGACCCGUGUUUCGAUUCCAGGUCCCUCUGGUUCGCUUUCCGUCUUCUCCGGUUCUAAUCCCCACCGUGUUCUUGCUGUACUUGCCAAACGAUUCAAGGCCUCUCCUUUGAUGGCGUUUUCCGUUGGGUUUUCGCGUUUCGUCAUCUCCAGUGAACCGGAUACGGCUAAAGAGAUUUUGAACAGCUCUGCUUUCGCAGACCGGCCGGUUAAGGAGUCAGCUUACGAACUUCUGUUCCACCGCGCCAUGGGAUUCGCACCGUAUGGUGGGUAUUGGAGGAACCUAAGGAGAAUCUCUGCCACGCAUCUUUUCAGUCCGAGAAGAAUCGCGAGUUUUGAAGGUGUUAGAGUUGGGAUCGGUAUGAAGAUGGUGAAAAAGAUUAGAAGCGUUGUUAUGUCUGAAGCUGGUGGUGGUGAAGUCGAAGUAAAGAAAGUGAUUCACUUUGGUUCACUGAAUAAUGUAAUGACGACUGUUUUCGGUGAAAGCUACGAUUUUGAUGAAGUAAAUGGAGAUGGAUGUUUUCUGGAGAGGCUUGUGAGUGAGGGAUAUGAGUUGCUUGGGAUAUUUAAUUGGAGUGAUCACUUUGGUGUUCUUCGUUGUUUUGACUUCCAAGGAGUGAGGAAGAGGUGCAGAGCUUUGGUCUCUGAAGUCAACACUUUUGUCGGUAGAAUAAUUGAGAAACACAAGAUGAAGAGGAGCGGCAAUAUCAAUGAAGAGGAAAAUGACUUCGUUGAUGUUUUGCUUGGCUUGCAAAAGGAAGAAAAGUUGUCUGAUUCCGACAUGAUUGCUGUUCUUUGGGAAAUGAUAUUUAGAGGGACAGAUACAGUUGCAAUUCUAGUGGAAUGGGUACUUGCAAGAAUGGUUUUGCAUCAAGACAUCCAAGCGAAACUCUACAAAGAGAUAGCUUCCGUCACAAGUAACAACACUAGAUCCUUGUCUGAUUCCGACAUACCAAAACUGCCGUACCUUCAAGCGAUUGUCAAAGAAACCCUAAGGCUCCACCCACCUGGUCCUCUCCUCUCGUGGGCCCGUCUUGCAAUCCACGAUGUACACGUAGGUCCCAACCUUGUCCCCGCGGGAACCAUAGCUAUGGUCAACAUGUGGUCCAUUACCCACGACGCCAAAAUUUGGACCGACCCUGAAGAGUUUACGCCUGAGAGGUUCAUUGAUGGUGAGGAUGUGAGCAUCAUGGGUUCGGAUCUUAGGUUGGCUCCAUUCGGGUCGGGUCGUCGGGUUUGCCCAGGUAAAACAAUGGGUCUAGCUACCGUUCAUCUCUGGGUUGCUCAAUUGAUUCAGAAUUUCGAAUGGGUUAAGGGUUCUUGUGAUGUUGAGCUUAGUGAGGUUCUCAAGCUCUCUAUGGAGAUGAAGAAACCGUUGAAGUGCAAGGCGGUUCCACGGAAUGUUUGUUUUGGUUGAUGGAUCCGAAUAUCUGGUGUAUCGGGUCGGGUACUUGUUUAAUUAACUACAAUGAGUAGUCUCUUUUAAUAAUUAAUAAUAUAUGGUUGGGAAGGGAGUUAGGGUUUUUGGCACGUCGGUCGAACUUCGUUAGGGUUUUGGUGUCAACGUUUUUUAUAUUGCUUUGUGUUUGCUUCGUGUAACUUAUCAUAUUCCGUCGCUUUGGUCUCGUGGCUUUUCCAUAAUUUCAUAUCUAUAAAAUUUCAUAUCUAUGUUUAUGCUAUCGGAAAUAUAUACUUAGCUUCUAGCAGAAGAUCUCGAACUCUUUUGGGCCCUGCUAU